CAUUCUGGCUAGGCAGUAGUUGUACCGAUAGGCGUGCUCGCGCUACACACUGCGUAUUCCUGGCAGAUGCGUGUUUUUGUUAUGAAUCGACCGUCCGCUCUCCUUGUGCACUGGAGCCUUGGGACUGUAGCAGCGCGAGGCGAACUUACUGGCUUUGCUUACCUCUGACGAGCCGUUUCCACUUACUCUCUUUUUAUGUGCUUAUCCCGUUAUAGAACUAAGAUAAAAACGAUUUGUUUGAGUAAAAAAGGAAGGUGGAUAGAAAAAAACUAAGAAAAACAAAUAGUUCGUUUGCCAGUGUUCAAAUUAUAUCAAUAGCUGUACGGGAAGAGGAGCCGUAAGACCGGCUGCACACGAGCAAGAAACUGCAGUUGUGUUGGUUGAACGAACGAGGAGGACGGAGGAACUGCAAGCCCUGCAGAGAGCCGUCGGACUCAGCGCUCGGGAAUGGAACCGGGGCUGCGGCCCGGCUCAGAGGAACACGGACCCCUGCCCCUGUGAGCCCCUCCCGCUGUCCACCCACGCUCACUGCUGUUGCAUGGAGGGAAGAGGAAGAGCGCCCUGCUGUCUGCAACCCAGCCCAGAACCCACGAUUUCUCGGUAGCCCUCACGGACCGGAGCGGCCAUGUUCAGGAACAGCUUGAAGAUGCUGCUCAGCGGAGGCAAGUCCAACCGCAAGAACCGCAACAGCGAUGGUGGGAGCGAGGAUCCUGCAGAGCUCCGGCCGCCCCAUGUAGACCCCCGACUGAGCCACGCCGGGCAAGGUGGCAGCUCCACAGACAGCGACUGCGCCUUUGAAGGAGACUACGCCGCGCCCCCGCUGCCAGUGACCGAAGGCAUGCAGCACAUCCGCAUCAUGGAAGGCGUGUCCCGCUCGCUGCCCUCCUCCCCGCUGCUCACGCACCAGACCGUCAGCAUGAGGCUGCAGCCAAUGAAGAAGCUCACAGCCCCCCUGCGGAAAGCAAAGUUUGUGGAGAGCCCUCGCAUUCCAGAAUCAGAGCUUGGCUCCCCAACACACACCUCCUCCCCUGCCAAGAAUCCCACCCUGGAAACAUACUGUCCUGGGGAGUCGAACCAGGAGCUGGGCCCCCCUCCGUCGGUGGACGAGGCGGCCAACACCUUGAUGACGCGGCUGGGCUUCCUGCUGGGCGAGAAAGUGAGCGAGGGGCCGGCCGGAGCGCCCUACAGCAUGGAGGAGCCGGACGACAGCCAGGGCCUGGCGAUGACGCAGCGGAUCAGCCCCUCCUCCACCCUGACCAGCAGCACCGCCUCCCCUCCCGCCGGCAGCCCCUGCUCCACCCUGCCGCCCGCCGCCCCGGGGAACGCGGGCAACAGGGACUGCGCCUACGGCUCGGUCACCAGCCCCACCUCCACGCUGGAGAGCAGGGACAGCGGCAUCAUCGCCACGCUGACGAGCUACUCCGAGAAUGUGGAGAGGGGGGGCAAGUACGGGGAGGGGUCGCGGGGAAGCCUGAAGCUCUGGCAGUCCCAAAAGUCCGGGAUGGACUCCUGCCUGUACCGCGUGGACGAGAACAUGACCGCCUCCACCUACAGCCUCAACAAGAUCCCCGAGGGCAACCUGGAGUCCAUCUCCUCCCACUCCGUCCAGUCCAUCCCACUUUACCUCAUGCCCCGCCCCAACUCAGUGGCAGCCACCAGUUCAGCUCACCUGGAGGACCUGGCCUACCUGGACGAGCAGAGGCACACCCCGCUGCGCACCUCCCUGAGGAUGCCCCGACAGUCCGUGGGGGCGGGGCGCCCCGGGCAGGACCUGAGAGCUUCCACUAACACCCAUGCCUGGCAAUCGCAGUCACUGCGCUUCGCCCCCUACCGGCCUCCCGACAUCGCGCUCAAGCCGCUGCUCUUCGAGGUGCCCAGCAUCACCAUGGACUCGGUGUUCACCGGCCGCGACUGGCUCUUCCAGGAGGUGGACGCCCGGCUGAGCGCGGACGACUCCGGCUCCAACCGCGGCGUGGUGGUGGUGGGCAACAUCGGCUACGGCAAGACCGCCAUCGUCUCCCGCCUGGUGGCGCUCAGCUGCCACGGCACCCGCAUGCGGCAGAUCGCCUCGGACAGCCCGCACGCCUCGCCCAAACACGGAGAGGGUUUGCCCCUCAGCCAAUCCCAGCCCUCCCACGGCACCCUGGGCGGGGGCAGCUGCCCUGGGACCCCCGAGAUGAGGCGGCGCCAAGAGGAGGCCAUGAGGCGGCUGGCAGCCCAGGUGGUGGCGUACCACUACUGCCAGGCGGAUAACGCCUACACCUGCCUGGUGCCGGAGUUCGUGCACAACGUGGCGGCGCUGCUGUGCCGCUCGCCCCAGCUGCUGGCCUACCGGGAGCUGCUGCUGAGGGAGCCCCACCUGCAGAGCACGCUCAGUCUGCGCUCCUGCGUGCAGGACCCCCUGGCCUCCUUCAGGAGGGGCGUGCUGGAGCCCCUGGACACCCUCUACAAAGAGAGGAAGAUCACCACCGACGAAGACCUGAUCAUCCUUAUCGACGGGCUCAACGAGGCGGAGUUUCACAAGCCCGACUACGGGGACACCAUCGUCUCUUUCCUCAGCAAAACCGUCAGCAAGUUCCCGCCCUGGCUGAAGCUGGUGGUGACCGUCAGGACCACGCUGCAGGAGAUUACCAAGCCCCUCCCCUUCCACCAAAUCUCCCUGGACCGGCUGGAGGAGAACGAGGCCAUCGACCAGGACCUGCAGGGCUACAUCCUGCACCGGAUCCACAGCAGCCCCGAGAUCCAGAACAACAUCUCGCUCAACGGCAAGAUGGACAACGCCUCCUUCGGCAAGCUGAGCGCCCACCUGAAGGCGCUGAGCCAGGGCUCCUACCUGUACCUCAAGCUGACCUUCGACCUCAUCGAGAAGGGCUACCUGGUGCUCAAGAGCUCCAGCUACAAGGUGGUGCCGGUGAGCCUGGCCGAGGUCUACCUGCUGCAGUGCAACAUGCGCUUCCCCACGCAGUCGUCCUUCGAGCGCGCCCUGCCGCUGCUCAACGUGGCCGUGGCCUCGCUGCACCCGCUGACGGACGAGCAGAUCCACCAGGCCGCCAACGCCGGGGCGGUGCAGGGCACGCUGGACUGGGACGACUUCCAGCAGCGCAUGGACAACCUGGCCGUCUUCCUGGUCAAGCGCCGCGACGGCACGCGCAUGUUCGUGCACCCCUCCUUCCGCGAGUGGCUCAUCUGGAGGGAGGAGGGCGAGAAGACCAAGUUCCUCUGCGACCCCAGGAGUGGUCACACGCUCCUGGCCUUCUGGUUCUCCCGGCAGGAGGGGAAGCUGAACCGGCAGCAGACCAUCGAGCUGGGCCACCACAUCCUCAAAGCACACAUCUUCAAGGGCCUAAGCAAGAAGGUCGGGGUUUCCUCGUCCAUCUUGCAGGGACUGUGGGUGUCCUACAGUACAGAGGGCCUCUCCACUGCCCUGGCCUCUCUCAGAAACCUCUACACUCCUAACAUCAAGGUGAGCCGGCUGCUGAUGUUGGGCGGGGCCAACGUGAACUACCGCACGGAGGUGCUGAGCAACGCGCCGGUGCUGUGCGUGCACGCCCACCUGGGCUACGCCGACACCGUGGCGCUGCUGCUGGAGUACGGCGCCUCGGUGGACGCCGCCUCGGAGAGCGGCCUCACGCCCCUGGGCUACGCCGCCGCCGCCGGCCACCUCAACAUCGUCACCACCCUGUGCCGCAAGAGAGCCAAGGUGGACCACCUGGACAAGAACGGGCAGUGCGCGCUGGUGCACGCGGCCCUCCGGGGCCACAUGGAGGUGGUGAAGUUCCUGAUCCAGUGCGACUGGACCAUGGGCGGCCAGCAGCAGGGCGUCUUCAGCAAGAGCCACGCCGUCCAGCAGGCCCUGGUGGCCGCCGCCAGCAUGGGCUUCACCGAGAUCGUGUCCUACCUCCUGGAUCUGCCGGAGAAGGACGAGGAGGAAGUGGAGCGCGCUCAGAUCAACAGCUUCGACACCCUGUGGGGGGAAACAGCGCUGACGGCGGCCGCAGGGCGGGGCAAGCUGGAGGUGUGCAGGCUGCUGCUGGAGCAGGGGGCGGCCGUGGCCCAGCCCAACCGCCGCGGGAUCGUCCCUCUCUUCAGCGCCGUCCGGCAGGGCCACUGGCAGAUCGUGGACCUGCUGCUCACGCACAGCGCCGACGUCAACAUGGCCGACAAGCAGGGCCGCACUCCCCUGAUGAUGGCGGCCUCCGAGGGCCACCUGGGCACCGUGGAGUUCCUGCUGGCGCAGGGUGCCUCCAUAAGCCUGAUGGACAAGGAGGGCCUGACGGCCCUGAGCUGGGCGUGUCUGAAGGGUCACAUGGCCGUGGUGCGCUCCCUGGUGGAGAGGGGCGCGGCCACCGACCACGCCGACAAGAACGGCCGCACCCCGCUCGACCUGGCCGCCUUCUACGGAGACGCCGAAGUGGUGCAGUUCCUGGUGGAUCACGGGGCGAUGAUCGAGCACGUGGACUACAGCGGCAUGCGCCCCCUGGACCGGGCGGUGGGGUGCCGCAACACCUCGGUGGUGGUCGCCCUGCUCAAGAAGGGAGCCAAGAUAGGAUGUCAGACGCUGCCCAGCCGGCCCAGAGGUCCAGCAACAUGGGCAAUGGCCACCUCCAAACCUGACAUCAUGAUUAUCCUGCUCAGCAAGCUGAUAGAGGAAGGGGACGGCUUCUAUAAGAAAGGGAAAGUGAAGGAAGCGGCCCAGCGCUACCAGUGCGCUCUGAAGAAAUUCCCCCGCGAGGGUUUCAGCGAGGACCUGAAGACCUUCCGCGAGCUCAAAGUGUCCCUGCUGCUCAACCUGUCCCGCUGCCGCAGGAAAACCAACGACUUUGGAAUGGCUGAGGAGUUUGCCACCAAGGCGCUGGAGCUGAAACCAAAUUCGUACGAGGCCUACUACGCCAGAGCCCGAGCCAAGCGGAGCAGCAGACAAUUCGCUGAAGCCCUGGAGGACCUGAACGAAGCCAUCAAGCAGUGCCCCAACAACCGGGAGAUCCAGAGGCUGCUGCAGCGCGUGGAGGAGGAGUGUCGACAGGUCAACCAGCCUCCGCAGGAGGAGCUGGAGCCGCCCCCGUCCCCGCCCCCUCCCCCGCCCCCGGCCGAGGAGCCGCCUCCGCCCCCGGAGCCCCGGCUGGAGGACAUGGAGCCCGUGCAGGACCUGUUUGAGGACGAGGACUACCUGGAGCAGGAGCUGGAGGCGGCGUCCGUCGGCCUGCCUCUGGAGUCCCGGCCCAGCCCCGCCAGCCUGCCCAUCAUCCAGAGCCCCCCGCCGUCCCCGGCCCACCGUGACUCCGCCUACCUCUCUGGGGGCUCCCCGCUGGGCCAGUCCUUCGACUUCCGGCCCAGCCCCACCUCCAUGUCCUCCCCCACCCGCCAGGGCUACCAGUCCACCUCGCCCUCCCUCUCGCCCACGCAUCAGAACUCCCACUUCCGGCCCAGCCCCCCGCAGACCUCCCCUGCCCACCAGGUCUCCUCCUACCGCUUCAGCCCCCCGCCCCUGGGCAGCGGAGGAGGGGGAGGAGGCGGAGGAGGAGGAGGAGGAGGGGGGCAGGGGAAAGACUACCAGAGCCCCCCGCCCUCGCCCUUGCGGCGGGGUCCUCAGUACAGGGCCAGCCCCCCGGUGGAGAGCGUGUGCCUGUACCGCUCCCAGUCGGGCUCCCCGGUGCGCUACCAGCAGGAGCAGCUUCCCGGGCGGCCCAAGUCGCCCCUGUCCAAAAUGAGCAGCCAGCGCUCCUUCCAGCUGAGCUCUCAGGCGUCUCAGUCCUCCCAGCACCACCAGCAGGCGGCCCUGCGGCUGCAGCCGGCCAUGGCGCAGAUCGUGCGCACCAACCAGCCCAGCUCGGCCGUGCACUCCAGCGCCGUGCUGGCCGGCGGCGCCUACGGCCAGAUGGCGCACCCCAUCAGCGGGCGCUACCAGGGCGGCCCGCCGGACGUGGAGAGCCGGCUGGUGUACCAGGCCUCGCUGGACGGGCGGCCCAUGGCCCAGGUACAGGCCAGCCUGAGCGCGGGGGCGCUGUGCCAGCACGGCGGGCGGGGCGGGGCGGCCGACGCGGGCCUGGCCAAGGACGAGCUCCCGCAGAGGCCCGCCUCGGCGUACCGGCCCGGCGGCGGCGGCGGCGGCGGCCCGGGGGGCGUGCGCUACGGGCAGACCCCGCAGAUCAGCCGCAGCCAGUCGGCGGCCUACUACCCCGUCUCCAAGCACGAGCUGGACCGCGCCGCCGCCGCCGGCGUCCUGCCGCAGUGCCAGCUGGGCUCGCCCGAGAUCCCCCACCUGGUGCGGCGGCCCGUCAGCGCCAACACGGGCGACGUCAAGCAGCACCCGCCCACCCCGCGGCCCCUCAUCCACUCGCAGAGCGUGGGGCUGCGCUUCUCCCCCUCCAGCAACAGCCUGUCCACGGGCUCCGCCUGCAGCCUGGCCCCCGGCUUCCGGCCCUCCGCCUCCAUCCAGCAGAUGGAGAUCCCGCUGCAGCCCUCCUACGAGCGCUCCUGCGACGACCUCUCGCCCAUCUCGCCCUCGCAGGGGGGCGACGGCCGGGGCGGGGCGGUGUACCAGGCGGAGCCCGCCCGCUCCCGGACCACGCCCUUCAUGGGCAUCAUCGACAAGACGGCGCGGACUCAGCAGUACCUGCACCAGCCCUCGCGGCCCUGGGCCGUCUCCUCCCUGGACACGGUCAUCACCAGCCCCACCUCCCCGGGCAACCUGGCGCAGCAGGGCGGCGGAGGCCCCUCCUACAGCCCGCCCACCUCGCUGGGCAACAUCGCCUACUACAACAAGACCAACAACGCCCAGAACGGGCACCUCCUGGAGGACGACUACUACUCGCAGUCGCAGCCGUCCUCCCUGGGCAAGCUGUCCAACGGGUCCCGGGGGGACAUCCUGGAGCGGGUGAGCCAGGUGCCCACCUACCCGGACGUGAAGGUGGCGCGGACGCUGCCCGUGGCCCAGGCCUACCAGGACAACAUGUACCGCCAGCUCUCUCGCGAGUCCCGCCAGGGCCCCACCUCGCCCAUCAAACCAAAGAGACCUUUCGUGGAGUCCAAUGUGUAGGAGGACCCGGGUGGAGGGGAGGGGGAGAGGCCAGUGGGCGCUGUAGAGGGGGAGAGCGUAGAGUCCUUCAGAGUUGGCUAGGUGAGGCGUGUGCAGCGUGUGGCUGGAGAUGUGAGAAUGCGACUGAGGAAUGGCCUCUGCAG